AUGCGCUUGACGCCUCUGCUGUUCAUCCUAACCGUUUCUGCCGUGCUCUUCGUCAGUGAUGCAGCCCUAAUGAGGUGUCGGUGCCGUAUGGCUUCCAAAACCACAACUACCACAGAAGCACCAGAGGAACAAUGGGAUCCUCAGCGCGACGGGAUGGUCAGCGCAGCUGUGGCCCCAAGCUCUCGCAAAAAAUGCUGUUGCAGAGGAGAUUCCCAACGAAGUGAGCGAACAACCAAAGCGGCAACUAUCACCACCUCCAGGAGUGCUUCCAAUGUUAUUCGCAACAGCAGUACCAAUCCCUCCGUUGAUGACCACGACGACACCCAAUGGGAUCUGCCGUUAGAUUCUCGCCCAAUAUCAGCUUGCCCAGAUGGCUGGUUGCAGCUCAAGGACUCCUGCUACCACAUGGAAUCCAGGAAAAUGGAGCGCGAAAGCGCCCAAAAGGCAUGCGAUGAAAAGGGUGCAACGUUAUUCGUGGCUGACUCGGAGGAGGAAUUUAAGGAGAUUGCUAGCCUGUCACCAUUGCACCAGCGCAGUUGGAUCGGGCUCACACAGUAUGAUGGCACUAACUCACCGCUGUGGAUAGGAUCCGCUGGCAUGGAGCCAUCGAAAAUCAGGUGGCUAACGUCCCCGUUUUCUUCGACGUCCAAUGGCUGGUCGAAGGUGGCAACAUGUGCGGCGUUCUACAACACUGAAAACUACUCGGACACAGCCUACGCUUAUUUCUACCCGUGUUCCUCACUGUAUCAUUCAAUUUGCGAACGAAACUUGACUUUGGCCAAUUUCAGGUGGCUAACGUCCCCGUUUUCUUCGACGUCCAAUGGCUGGUCGAAGGUGGCAACAUGUGCGGCGUUCUACAACACUGAAAACUACUCGGACACAGCCUACGCUUAUUUCUACCCGUGUUCCUCACUGUAUCAUUCAAUUUGCGAACGAAACUUGACUUUGGCCAAUUUGUAG